CGGGCCUUAUCACGUGGCCCAGACCCCAGCUACACACAGGGAUGGAGCCGGAAGAGGGGACGCCCUUGUGGCGGCUGCAGAAACUGCCAGCCGAGCUGGGCCCACAGCUUCUUCACAAAAUAAUUGAUGGCAUUUGUGGCCGAGCUUAUCCUCUCUACCAGGAUUAUCACAGUGUUUGGGAAUCAAAAGAAUGGAUGCAUGUUCUAGAAGAUAUUACCAGAUUUUUCAAAACAGUAGUUGGUAAAACUUUAUCUGAUGAAGAGAUACUUCAGCAGUUGAACCAGGUGAACUCAUUUCAUCAAGAAGCAAUCAUGAAAUGCUUGAAAAGCAGGAAAGACGAGCUCAAGCAGGCUCUGUCAGGAGAAAUAGUCGAUAUUUCCUCGGCACAGCUGCAGGACUUUGAUUGGCAGUUAAAGCUUGCACUUUCCAGUGACAAGAUUGCUACAUUACAAAUGCCACUUGUAAAUCUUCAUCUCGAUGUAAAAGAAAAUGGCGAAGUAAAACCGUAUUCUGUUGAAAUGAGUAAAGAAGAGCUGCAGAAUCUAAUAAAUUCCUUGGAAGCAGCUAAUAAGGUGGUCCGGCAGUUGAAAUAACUGGAAAUAAUGAAUACCAGUGCUGUGCGAUUUCACUGCUGCAGCCGUGACGGAGUGAAUUCUGUGCUCAGAAACCCUGCCGUGUGUUGGCUGUGACACCGGGCUGAGACGCAGCAGUGUGAGAGCAAAGAUAAACAUUUAUCAGCAUCCCUGAAGGACAGGAAAUUACACGGCUGACAGGAAAUGCAGAAAAUGAAAGAUGAAAAAUCUACAGAAGCUGUUUAUAUUUUCAUAAUGAUUGUUUCCCUCAUUUAUUAAAUACUUGGCAAGAUCUGUAUAGAUAUGUAGUAUAUACUUUUAGUGAAAGUGAAAAAUAAGUCUUAAACAUAAUGUAAGCAUACAAAGCACAGAUAUACUUGAAUAUUGCUUGAAGAUUUAUGUGAAUAGCAAGGACAUAUAUUGUGUAUAUAUAAUUUGUGAUAUUUUUUAAAAGUAACUUUUUAAAAAAUGUAUAAGCUGCAUGUAUAAUUCAGGAGAGUCCAUAUCGUUCUCAUAUUUCGAAAGAUUAUAAAAUUAAAAUGUCUUAGAGAAUAGCUCUUUAUCAGACAAUGAAGAAGAAAAAAUACUCCAAAUUUAUGUGAACAGUCUUGACUUUAGGAAUUCUGGAAACCAAAAUCUGGAAUAUGGAAAAAUGAAAAUAGCACCUGUUGCUUCUGCAUUCCUGUGUCUGACUGGGAGACUGUGCUCUGAUAAAAUGAAAAGAUAUCAUUGUAUGGUGUAUAUAUUUAGAUAUCAAAUAAGACUGUAUACAGGUCCAUUUUUGUUACAAACUCUUAAUAUGGAAUUUAAUGCUUUUUAGAUAUUAACAAAUUCAUUGGAAAACAAACCAUUUUUAACCUCAGUUAACUUUAAAGCCAGUCAUUCUGAAUAAAUAAAAAUAUCUUAUCUU